AUGCGAGGCGUUCAAGGCUCCAACUACUACGGCGAAUUGUACCGCAUUCUGCGGGCGAAAUUUCCCGAUUUCCGUCACACGGAGGGGUCCGUCAAGACGAAGCUGUUCCGCCUGAAAGGACAGUACCUGCAGCUGCGAGAUCGGAUCGAGCGGUCCGCAUCUGGUGCUCCUCGAAAUCUGCCGGAAUGGUUUGUCUUACUGGAUACUGUCAUGGCUCGGGAGUCCAGCAACCGACAGAACGCGACAGCGACGAACCAGCAAGGCUCUCGGUCAACGCACCCGUCGACUAACUCAGGUCGUAUGGCAGCCCUGCUCACGAAUGCCGGCCAAGAGAGGAAGCUUCUUUCCGCUGAGACGCCAGCAUAUGCGUUUCCCGUCACGCCAACGCUGAGGAUGGGAGCUGGUGGGCUGGGAGAGGGAAGGAAGAAGCGGGGCGCAGCAGCAAGAGGGGGAGGGAUGCUAGCAGGCCAUGAAGCAUCCAUUGCUGCGGCUAUGGCUGAGAAAUUCGCAGCUGCAAUGGGCUCUGCGGUUAGAAACGCAUGUUUCCAGUUUGAAGAGCUUACCCGUGAACUGCUGGAAAAUUCAUGCUCCCAGUUCGAGGAACUGUCUGCACGUUUGGCUGAGAAUGCAGCUGCUCAGUUUGAGGAUGUUGCUAGAGAAUUGGCAGCGAACUUCGUGGCGAACCAAUAUGUGAAGAGGCGUAGGGGGUAG